AUGGGUAUCAUUUCAAUGAAGUCCUGUCUGUGUGUAUUUGAAGAUAUCGGAGACAUGCAGGUCAGCUUGAUCGCUCAGAGAUGUCGCUUCUGUAUGGCUGGUGACUCGUCCGUGCUGUGGAUCAUCUUACCCUUGGUAAUCUGCGCCAUAAUUAUUGCUUUGGCCGCCGCUGUCCCACUGCUCAUCAGACGUUAUUGCCGUGAAUGUUGGCUGGCGAACGACGGAGAUCGAUGCUGCCGAUCUUUCACCUUCUGUCUAAAGACAGCCGAAGGUUGCACUUGCUGUGGAUGUCAUUGUCAGCCCGUCGAAGAGGAUCAGUUCCCACGUAAUCGCGGUCAGCUGGAGUACUCACACAACUCUGCUGCUCCUCAAAUUUUACUCGCGGACUCGUGA